AUGGCGACGCUCAAUCCGGGAACAAUUUACACAGGCCCGGACCUUGUCGAAGAUUCCAAGAUCCAAAGGGUGACGCGUUUCCCUGCUGCCGCGGACUUUCGAUCGCCAGUACAGCCGCCAGCGGGUCUGGACAGUUGGCAAGUGCAAUCCGGGAACUUUAGGGCCCCUCCCCCAUACGAAACUCCUCAGACGGGCAACUUGAUGGAGACUCAAGGCGUUGUGGGAGGCUACCAGCCUUCCCAGAACUGGGCAUACGAUGCCUCGCGGGUUGCUGCACAGAACGCCUUCGCCAAGCAGAAGAGGAUGUCGUCGCAUCUCAACAAGUCAAGAUCCAAGAGAAGGAACAAGCCGUUUGGCCAAACGAUGAGGCCAGCUAUCGCUGUGGAUACCAGCUACUCUCGUCAUCGUGGGCCUGCGCCGCGUCAAGUUUUUCCCGCUGCUGUAGGAGGGCUAUUCGCCACAGGGAAGCCUGGAAUGGUGCCACCUGAAGAGGAGAAGGUCCCGAGCAAGUUCAAGUGGCUAGGACUGGCAAAGUCGGCUUCGAUACGUAAGUUGAGAUCCGACGACAGGAAAGAAAGCCUUGACAAGUUGGCUCCAACGUACGAAUUGCAAGAGAAGGGGUCUUUCCCGGAGGACGACGGUUUCCGAUUCAAGUCAAAAACGAUGCGCAGAAAUGCUCCAGAAGUCAAACCAGAGACAAAGCCGGUGAUGGUUCCAUUUGUUCCGGGACCUCCCCCUGAUCCUCCAGUCGCUCAGAUUUCAGUACCUGAGACACCGGAAAAUAUCCAACCGCCCCGCAUGAGCCCGCUCGAUGUGUCUCCAUCCGAUCGUCCCAUCACCGUUGGUCUGACGGUAUCACCGGAGCAGGUUUCUGACUACGAUACUCCUCAGUCGGCACAGUCAGGCAACAAUUUAGGAGUCCAUCCCGCCAAUCAUCAAAGAUCCAACAGCCCUGCUUCGGCUGAAACCCCGACUAUCAUCGUCACUCCUGCAAGGGAGAAGGCUGGCUGGCUAUUCCCCAUUGACAACAGGCCUCGUCCUGCAUCAAGCGUCUACUCCCGGGCAACGAACGCAUAUACGAUGUACAAUCCCAGUCGAGAGUACAUUCCUCCUGUUCCAGCAAUCCCGGCGAACUUCGAAACCAGGAAUGACAACAGCCCCGGAGGGAUCAGCACCGCGAAUGGGUUUGUGGUCUCUGAGAGUCCAUCUCCAUCUGAACCCGCUCCGCCCCAACCAGCCGCCUCUUCGAAGGCACAAGAAAUCGCGAACACCAAGAAACCGCGAGUAACUUCUGACGCCACUCUUUUCGAAGAAGACCAGACGCCUCAAUCAGCAGGGACUCUGAGAGGCCCUACGGGACUGUACAUUGACACGAACAUUCCGCCAACCCCGCAUCGUUCUAAAGGAUGGUGGAACAUAAUCACUACUCCAUUCGAAUUCACCCCUUCUCGGUUCCGGUUCGCACCUGGCACGCCCAGCGACGCGAGUACUCCAAUGAUCCCCAUGAUUCUAUCGCGUUUCUCUCGUUCGCCAGAUUUACAUCGUAAUUUUUCUGCGAGAUCAAGGGCAGCUCAGACUCCACAGUCAUCUACGACGGCAUUUACUAGCCCGGCGACUUGGGAGCGUUCGUCGUCGGAUGAGUCGCCAGUGAGGACGCACGAUGACUUGGGAAUUUCGACAAUUCCAUCACGCGAAUCUCUAGAUAGGUCUUAUCAACCCGAGGGUGCCCAAAGCGCGAUCAGCGCCAGCGACAGGGAAAUCCCGGUCGCCCUCGGACCAGGAUUUGAGGCUAAAGCGGAUUCUCCCACCAACCCCGCGCCACCCAGCCACAAUAACAGCAACAAUGUCUUUCAUCUUUCCAACCACUACCAUUUCAACGGCGUACCUUUCUAUCGGGACCGGGACUUUGUACGCAGCGACACCCUCCGUAGUACAGACACGACCCCUGUUGUCGCGGUAGCGUCGCUGGGCACCGUACUGUCAGCCCGUGCCGUGCACGAACCUCACGAUCCGACCAGCACGCCUCGCAGCAUGAACGCCUAUGUUGAAGAUGCACCAGCUGAGCCGCGGGCGGCUACAGCUGCAGCUACUCCUCGGCGGUCGACUUCGACCCGCCGGUCCUCUAGGCCGCAUGACAUCUCAAUGCCUGCGCCUGCAGGUGCAAUUCCUUCCAGUCGGCGUACUUCGGCAGAUGUUCCUGUUUCGAGCCGGCGUACUUCAUCAGAGAUCCCCCAGUCAAAUCAGCGGCCUGCAGCAGGAUUUCUCUACUCCAAUCAUCGAGCCGCUGAGGCCCCCUAUUCGAAUCAGCGUGAACAGGCGCCUGUUCCUUACUCCAACCCACCUGCUCCGGCAGAGGCUCCCUACUUCCCGCCGCCGCCGACGCAGGUACACCACCACCACCAUCACCAGCAAAAUAACUACUUCACGCAGGAUCCGCCCAGCUAUGGAAGCCCGAACGAACCACUUGAAAGAGGUGGAACGCGGAGGCCGUUUCCUGGAAGCCCUCACUACACCGAGAAGGUGCAGAAGGCACCCAAAGCGCCCAAGGCACCGCGCAGGAAGGGUGCAGGCGGUUAUUGGCAUCUUUUCCCUAAGCGUAAUCACGCCAAACAGGACCCCAAUGACCCUGCCGCGAAGAAAAAGAAGAAGAGGAGAUGCUGCUGCUGGUGCUGUUGCAUCUUCUUCCUAAUUCUCCUAAUUAUCAUGGCCGCUCUCCUCGGAACCCUGCUACCUAGGAGACACAGUAGCGAUGGUGGCACCAGUGGCACUUCUAGCACCGGUGGUUCUUCAACCUCGCCGGAUGGUAGUCCCUCAGCAACCAAUGUCCCUGACACUCCUUCAGUAUGGCUGAACUUGACUGGAUUCCCUCCCAUCCCAACAGGCGUCGCAACAAUUGCUCAGCCUGACAACAACUAUGAGGAGAGCGGAUGCGUGUCCCCGCAGACGAUGUGGAGCUGUGCGGUGCCUAAAGAGCAGCAGCAGGAACUGGAACCGAACGAACCCAACCAGCCAAACUUCAAAUUUCAAAUCAAGUUUGUCAACGGCACCAUCUCCAACACAACGGCUCUGCAGCCGACCAAGGUCAAGCGAUCGAUUCAGCAGAGGAGGUGGCUCAACUUUCUCCGGACUCGGGACGAGCCCACCCCUUCCCCUUCGGCUCCUAGCCGGGAAGAUCAAGCGUUUCUUGGAAACACGACGGACGGGAAUUCAUCACCUUUUGCAGGUGAAGAUACUCCGUUCUUCAUUUCUUUCUUGAACGGCGAGCAUGUCUCAUCGAAGCGUUUGGCCAAGAGGCAGAGCUCGACUAAUGGAACCAUUGCGGAUAUCAUUCCUGAUCCCGACAUUGCAUCAGACGGUACUGCUGCGGCUGCGAACCUUUUGUUCUUCCCCGCGAACCAGCCUUUGAAGCUGUACAAUCGUGGUACACCAACUGAGCACUACGGAUUCUACAACUACUUCGACCGGUCGAUCUUCCUCAAGAACAACAUCGCCGUCAACAGCACCGACACGGGCGAGAUUCAAGCGGACCGGGAUGGAGGAUCUACCAAGGACGCAGCAAAGGUGCGGUGCACGUGGAGGCAGACGCGGUACCUUGUUCAGAUUUGGACGAACUCGGAAGACAGCAAGGCGCUUCUGCCCACUUCAACGAGCUCGGGCGCUUCAUCGACCGCUUCUAGUGCCGUCAACUUCGACCGACCGGGAUCCUUCCCGUAUCCCGUUACCAUCACGCUGGAUAGACACGGCGGCAACAUCACGGAGAAGAUGAUCUACUGCUACGGCAUGGACGACGAGGGCCGUAUCAUCGACGAUUCGGCCAAGCUGCAGCUGGAGAACCGCGACUUCAGCGGGACUUUGGUGAACCCUGCCUCGGGCCCCUUUGGUAACGUCAACGUCACGCUGGCCGAGGGUGGACCGGGUGGAAUUGAUGGUGGCACUGGCGGUUGUGGAUGUAAAUGGAGGAACUGGGAGAACGCCUAG